CUCGAGACUGCACGAAACUUCAAACCGCUUGAAUAGCUACCGGCCGACCGGCAAACUGCGAGGCAUUUGAGCGCUUGUUAAGCCCUACCAUGGCGACCGCUCUUGUCUUUAGGUUAAUACCGAGACGUACAUUAUUUUCGAAACGUAGAAGAUAUGAAAAUGGUUGUGGCUUAUUUUAUUGUAAGUAUAGUACUGCUGAUCCGCAGCCCAAUCACUAUGAGGUCCAAGUACCGCUGAGCAGUGGGGACCAGCUUAGAAUUUCCACUGGUGAAUAUGCAAAGAUGGCAGAUGGAUGUGCGGUAGCAUCUAUAGGUGAUACUGCGGUAAUGGUUACGACAGUCAGUAAGACACGUGCUUCAUCGAGCUCGUUCCUUCCUCUGGUUGUGGAUUACAGACAAAAAGCAGCUGCAGCAGGUCGUAUUCCAACGAAUUUCUUCCGAAGAGAAUUGGGCCCAAGCGAACGUGAAAUUCUGACUAGUCGGUUGAUCGACCGUUCACUGAGACCUUUAUUCCCCAAGAAAUAUUGCUAUGAUACACAAGUAAUGUGCAACAUGCUCGCUGUUGAUGGAGUCAAUGAUCCAGAUGUAAUUUCUAUAAACGCAGCCUCGGCUGCACUGUCCUUAUCAGAUAUUCCAUGGGAUGGACCUGUAGGUGCUGUUAGAGUUGGAUUAGUUGAUGAGAAAGUUGUAAUAAACCCAACAAGAAAGGCAAUGCAGAACAGUGCGUUGAACUUAAUUGUCACUGCAGCUAAAAACAAUCUUGUUGUUAUGCUGGAGGGUUAUGCAAAUAAUUUACUCCAGCCAGAUAUUUUCAAGUCGUUAAAAGCUGGUGUUAAAGAGUGCCAAAUUAUCAUUAAUAGCAUUAUCCAACUACAAAAGAAGUACGGCAAGCCCAAACGGCAAGUUGAACCCAUUCCACAGACUUGCAAUGAAGUCAUAGAGUCCAUAAGAUCACUUUCUGAAAUGAGGUUGACGGAGAUAUUUAGGAAUCAUAAUCACAACAAGCUAUCUCGUGAUACUGCAGUGACCAAUGUUAGGACAGAUUUAAUCGAAAAAAUGAAAGAGAGCCAUCCAGAAAUUGAUUCUGCUGUGGUUAAUGAGGAAUUUUCAGAAAUCUGCAAGGAUGUAUUUCGUUCCCUCAUAUUUGAAGAUAACAAAAGGUGUGAUGGGCGAACCAUGGAACAGUUACGCGAUAUAUCGUGCAAGGUUGAUCUUUAUAAGCCGCUUCAUGGGUCAGCAAUAUUCCAAAGAGGGCAAACACAAGUAUUCUGCACAGUAACUCUUGAUUCCCCAGAGAGCGCUUUGAAAAUGGAUAACGUAUCAAUGCUGACAAGCGGGAUAAAGGAAAAGAAUUUUUUUUUGCAUUACGACUUUCCACCGUUUGCAACUAAUGAGACAGGAAGAAGUGGACCUGCUGGGCGGCGAGAGAUUGGGCAUGGCGCUCUAGCUGAACGAGGGUUAGUCGCCAUACUUCCUAAGAACUAUCCCUACACGAUAAGACUAACCAGUGAAGUGUUGGAAUCCAAUGGUUCCUCUUCAAUGGCUUCAGUGUGCGGUGGAAGUUUAGCUUUGAUGGAUGCUGGAGUUCCGGUGCAGUCAGCGGCUGCUGGUGUAGCCAUAGGCUUAGUUACAAAGUUUGACGAAAAAAAUCAAAUUAGCGACUACAGAAUCCUCACGGAUUUAUUGGGAAUUGAAGACUAUAUGGGUGACAUGGACUUUAAAGUAGCUGGUACGAAAAAAGGGAUCACAGCCAUUCAAGCUGACAUAAAAAUAUCAGGGCUCCCACUUCCAAUCAUAGUGGAGAUAUUGCAGGAUGCCCACACCGCAAAAUCAAAGAUUAUCGAGAUAAUGAAUCGCGCGAUUAACCAACCUCGGCAAAUAAAAAAACCAAAUAUGCCCGUAUCAGAAACUUUGGAGGUACCUAUUCAUAAACGCGCAAAAUUUGUUGGAAUCGCCGGGUCCAAUCUCAAGAGGAUACUCGUGGAAACUGGAGUUCAGGUAAAUCAAGUGGAUGACACAUCUUUCUCAAUAUUUGCUCCUAACCAAACGGCAAUGGACGAAGCAAAGGAGAUAAUUGAUCAGAUUAUAACCGCGGAGCGCGAGCCAACUUUGGAAUUUGGGGGAAUUUAUACCGCUAAGAUCGUGGAAAUUCGAGACAUUGGUGUAAUGGUGACACUUUACCCAACAAUGCAACCAGCAUUGUUACACAACACUCAGUUGGACCAACGGAAAAUCGAUCAUCCGAGUGCGCUGAAUUUCGAAGUAGGUCAAGAAAUGCAGGUUAAAUAUUUUGGACGGGACCCAGUAUCAGGCGCCAUGAGGUUAUCAAGAAAAGUUUUGCAAAGUACUGGCAUUGCCUCUGUUAGAAAUCUUGGGGACACGUAGAAAUAAGUGUUACCUGAAUCGCAAGAUUCUUUUUGUGAUCGACGAGAAUAUCGAGUUAACUUAAUGUUAACAGUGUUAUGGUCACUGGGUACAAAUGCUACUCAAACUUUCGGGAUAAGAGAUAAGGAUGAAGAUUUCAAGUGGCUAGCAGAACUCCUAUCAUGAAUGUAUUAGAUCAAGAAAAACAAUAAAAAUCUGUUAUUCAUUACUAGUAACUAUUAGCUAAUCAGCUUUAUGGCCUGUAAAUGAAAAUCAGGAGUCAACUUCCGAAUAGCUCCCACCUCUGAUUUCAAAGAAAUUUCACAGGCAUGUAAUGUGUACAAAAUUAAGUUAAAUCCUUAAGUAAUAUCUUGCGGAAACAUCUAGUUCUUGAGAUACAAUAUUUUCAUUUUCAUGUUGCGAUUAUUUAAUUUAGCUAUUUAUACGUAUCAUAUGUCGAUGAAAUUUUAUUGAAAUCGGAGGUGGGGGCUAUUCGGAAGUCUUACCAAAAUAAAUUGUAAAUAACACUACCAUAUACUUUUCCAUAAGUUUAGAGACAGUCACUUUUUUUUUGAAUUUGUAUUAUACGAUAUUGCGUAUUUUUGUACAAAUACUCACCCUGUAAUUAAAUUUGCACAGAGCUGUAAGCGGAGUCAUUUCUUUGGUAUGAUUAGUUGAUUUCAAUAGAAAACCAAUUGCUGAUCUAGUCUUGUGAGCAGGGGACAUCACGCUGAUAAUAAAAUGACGUUUUCAUAAAUCUA